UUAUAUUUGUUUAUUGUCUUAUUUCAGAUAAAGUGACAAGUGAAUCUAAUACUGCAGAGGACUGGGGACUUAUUCUUGACAUCUGUGACAGAAUUAAGGCAAAUUCUAAUGCGCCAAAAGACGCUUUCAAGUCGAUUAUGAGGAGAUUAAAGACCCCUAAUCCACAUGUCCAGUUGCAAAGUUUAGUGCUCCUUGGUGCUUGUGUGAGUAAUUGUGGCAAGCCAUUCCAUCAGGAGGUAAGCUCAAGAGACUUCUGUGCCGAUGCCAGGAAUAUUGUCAGUAAGGGCCAUCCUAAGGUUUCUGAGAAGAUGAGACUAUUACUGAAGGACUGGUCAGAGAAAGAAAUGAAGAAUGAUCCCUCAUGCAGUCUAAUUACACAGCUGUAUAACAGUCUUAAAACAGAAGGGUUUGGUUUCUCUUCAUCAGAUGAUACACCUAAGCCCACACAAACAUUCAGCAAAGAUCCCAAUGUAGUCUCUUCACAACAAGAAGAAGAUGAUAUCGCUAAAGCCAUUGCACUAUCAUUAGAGAAUGAUAAGAGUUCCAAUCGAAGUUCCAGCGGAGGUGGAGGCAAUAGUGGAGGAGGGGGAAGUAGCUACCAGUCAUCUAGUAGCUUAUAUCCCUCUACCAACACCCUUUAUGCCUCACCAAUCCAGCAUCAAUCCAGAGAAUCAAGAAAGGUCAAAGCACUUUAUGAUUUUGAAGCUGCAGAGGACAAUGAACUUACAUUCAAGGCAGGAGAGAUAAUCAGUGUAUUGGAUGACAGGGAUGCAAACUGGUGGAAGGGUGAAAACUUCCGAGGUACAGGUCUCUUUCCAUCUAACUUUGUAACAGCAGAUCUCACAGCAGAAACAGAACCAGAAAUCAAAGCACGAGAGAAGAAGGUAUCAUUUGAUGAAGAAGUAGAGGUACGGACCAUCGAACCACCCUCAGAGAUCAAGAUUAGUGCAGAGACAAUGGACCAAUGCUUAGACAUGCUUCAGAAUACUGAUCCCACCAUGGAAAGACCUGAUAAUCCUGACAUGCCACUUUUAGAAGCAACGUGCAAUGGAAUGGCUCCUCUCAUUGACCAGGAGUUGGAGUCGAUUGACCGUGAUCAUGCAGACCUGACAGCUCUCAACCAACGGCUCAUUGAUGCCUUUCAGAUGUACCAUGAUCUGAUGAAAGAAGCACCCGUCUAUGGCUACUCUCUGAAGGGAGUAGUUCCAGGUCAAGGCCCUUUUACAGGGCAGGGGCCUGUGCCUAUCCCUGGUGGUUAUGCCCCUCAGCAACCCAUGCCUCCUCAACAGAUGACUCAAUACAAUGCCGGAGCACCCCCUCAGCAGCAAUACAUGGGUAUUGGUCAACCUAUAAUGAAUCAAAGUAUGAACAUGCCCCCUUCCUCUCAAUCUGUACCUGUAUCAACUAUGUCUAUGAGUCAGCCAAUCCCCUCUCAGUCAGCAGUAGGGCCAGCUUCACAACAAACUUAUUCAUCAAGUCCAGCAUCAUCUACCAUGUACAAUAACAUCCCCCAGAAUUCCUUGCCAGCCGCUAGUCAGUCAAGCCCCGGAUCCACUCCCUUCCAAUACAACUCUGCACCCGUUGGUACCGUGGCACCCACCAACACCUCCUACAGCCAGCCAGCCCCCAUGGGUAGCAUGCAGCCCCAAGGGGGAGUGCCCUCUACAGGUAUGGAACAGGGGUAUAGCAUGGCACCCCCUACAGGUGACCAGGGGGUCAUGAUGGGACAGGGGAUUCCCCCUCAGCAACAGCUUCUUUUAUAGUGUCUGCUGUCGUCAGCAUCUGAGGACAAUGAUCUCAACAUAUUUAUCAUUUCAAUCAUGGAUGAAGGAAGAAAAAGAAUAUGAAGAAUAAACUUCCUGUGAUACAUCGGCAAUUGGUGCUGCAAUGGGUAACAUUUCCCCCCUCUAUCACCUCCGUUGAUUCUGGGCUACUUUCUGGUGUUUCAAGAGGAGCUGCCAUACAGAUAUGUAUAAUGUCUUAGUGAGAAUGUUUACUUCUUGUUGGAUCAUUCUUGUGUCAGGUAAGGGAAUAAAAAUAUUGAUGGAACUCAUAGUUCAUGAUGGACCAUCAUCACACGCUUCAUCCGUUCUAUGCUUUGUAAGAAAUAUAUUUAGUCCUUUGUACAUCAUUAAUUAUUAAUUAGUUGGCAACACAGUCGUAAGAUGUUUUUUUAGAGUUUCCCCAUUAUUUAGAAUUGUCUAUUAAGUUCAUUUUAGAGCUUAACUAAUAUUCAUAUAUCUAGAUUGUCAAAUGUUCAGGUUGAAAUGAACAUAGUAAUACAGAUAUAACUGCAUAAUAAAUUGCUUGUUGAAACAUUUUCUAUCAAUGAUUUUUUCCUUACAAAAUGGAAUCUGAAUAUGCUCUAAUUGCUCCAUAUAUGCACAUGGUCAGUGGGAAUAAUCCAUAGAGGCCAAGAUAAAUCCGCUUUCACUCUUCAAAUUGGCAAGAAAUGUACAUACAUUCUCAUUCUGUGAAGAAAUUAAAUAUGGAUAUAACAUGAGUCAAAUGAGUAGUGUUAAAAAAAAAGUUGCCAAUUUGGAUUUUAUACAGUGAUUAUGUUUUUCCCAUUUUUUAUAUUGCCAAUUUAAUGUGUGCAAUGCUUAUCUUAAUUUAAAGAACUUUUAUUCCGGAAUGGUGUUGCAUACUGGACUGAAAAUGGUAUCAAGUUCCCAGUACAUUAUUCUCUUUCCAGUCAUAAUUCAUGUGUGAUUGCUAGGAUAGAGUUUAACUUUGAACAUGAGUGUCUUCUUGAAACACAUCUCUAUGGGUUCAAAGGGACCCUCAAAUAAAUGAUCUUAGACACUGGAGGCAUUUUUGUUUACUGAUAUGAAAAGAAUUGUAGACCAAUCAAAUUCUAGAAAAAUUGUGAAAAAAUGAGAUUGUCGCACAACUGUGGAAAAAAUUUAUUUGAGGUAGGAUGCAUAUAAUCGGUGUAAUCUAACACUCAAGUUGUGAACACUUAACGAUAUUUUAUGAACAAUGCUUUAAGUUUAUACCUUGUGAGCUUAUACCCUGUAUCCACAGAAUACAAUUUCCUUUCUAAACUAGGAGAUGAAGUUCAAGAGAUAAUAUACCACAUAAUAGCAUUGGUUAGUUUGACACAAGCUGGGUAUCAGUAAUUGCUUUGGGUACCUCUUGAUAAAAAUUGUUAUGAGAGCAAACUUUUAACUGUUUGUGGCUUUUAGAUUGACCAAUAUUUUAUCCAGAUUCGAACUUGAGUUAUUGUCAGUUGUCUCAAUUUUAUUCGUCUUUAGUUUUGUCAUGGUCUAGGCAUAGUCUUCAGUUUCACAAACUUCAGAGUCAUAUUCAGUAUAAAUAGUGAGACACUUAAAAUGAAAAAUAAAAGUAAGAGCAUGAAAAUCCAUAUUAAAAAUAUCACAAACUUACACAAAGCAGGCAUUGGCUUUGUUCCAUUACACUUCUUUUGACAUUUAAAUCUCAACUGCUCAUAUAUGAGCCCAUUCAUGGAAAGUGACUUUGUGGAACUUAUAUAUAUACAAUGUAAUGUGUGAAACUGCAUUUACAUGUAGUUUGCACGCUGUCAUUUCAUAGAUUCUUUAUUCGAAACAUUACCGCAAAUAGAAACCUAGUGUUACGUUGUUAAUAUAAGCGCACCUAGAAAGGUGGAUAUGUGCGCUAUACAAAUCCUGUAUUUAUUUUUUAAAUUUUCAAACUUUGAUUUGUGAUGUUUAUAUAUCAGAGGUGACAGUUUAUCCUUGGUUUUACCUGAAUCAUGCAUAUUAUCUUCUUAAACAUUUGGCAAUGAUUGAACAGUUUGAAUUAAGAUGAAAUCUUUCAUUUUUAUUUGAAAAGUGAUUUAGCGCAUCUGCAUAAUUUACAUGUACUUCCUCAUGAAAUCAGCAGUUUUUCAUAAGAUAUUGCAUUUGUUUUUUGUGCAAUGAAAUAAGACACAAGAACCCCUUAAUGUCUAAGCAGAGUUCUGUUUUGACUUCAUACUUAUUAUUGGUAGACAUAGAGAUGUGGAUAUAGUUAACCAAAACAAACACUGCUUACAGUUUAAACAUGCAAAGGUUUUAUGAUUAAUACCAAUUUGCUUGAUAAGCAUUUUUGUUCAAAGCAUAUUAACUGAUAAAUAGAUAUUAUUUACGAGUAUUUGUGUGACAUGUUACAGGUGUAUGGUUUAUAUAUAAACAUUGAAUGAUUUGAAGCAAGUUCUGUAAAGGGAUUCUUGGAUUUGUCAAAUAAAUAUCUAUUAUGCUUUUGUAAACUUGUAUUUUGUUUAUCAAACAAACCUGCUUUAUAUAAUUCAUAAUAUGUUGGACAAUAUUUGUAUUUUUAUCUAUCAAAUGGUUAUCAAUUUCUUUGUAUCAAGCCAGCUUAAUAUUUUCUUUCUAUUGCAUAAUUGCAAAAUUUCAUUUACUUACUUAGUACAAUGUCAAGUCAAAUGUUUCACUUUUAUAGAGGUGUUGUGAAUAUAUUAGACCCUUUUCGCUCCAUUACGGAAACAGACUUUUACGACGCUAGUUGACUUUGGAAGAGCCUUUUAGCCCCGUCGUAAAAAACUGUCCUACAACUCAAUUUGCAUGACAUGUAAAAAUUUUGACUUUCGCAAUUGCAGCGGGGGACAUUAGAUCUGCGGUUCGUGUGCAAAAUUCUAAUUGCUAUUAUGGUAACAAAAGACAUCUCCGAAUUGGGACAAGUUUUUAGAGCCACAUGAUAGAGAGUGCCUCUGUAAUAUGGAAGCAACAGUCAAUUAGCGCGCCUCUAGAUAAAUUCUUAUAUUAUUGCACUCUGUAUAGGUAACCUAUGGCCUAAAAUAAAUUCUUGAUUUCCCCAUCAAAACAAGGUUUUCAUUGAAAUAAAGGUCUGAUGUGGAUUCAGCUUUUAAAAUCUCAUAAUCAUCACCACCUCAGAAUAAUUUCUUCACAAUGUAAAAAUAAUUUGAAACCUAAUCCCUCAUUUCGGGGGAUAGUAAAACAUAAUGCACACUUGGCAUAUGUCAUUAACUUUGUGCAAGAUGGGGGGGGGGGGUGUUGUCGUUUGUGUAGGAGGAGCCAGCAAAAGAAAAAAAAAUCCAGAUGGAUUUUGAGACAAAUUUUGCUGUGUAGAUAUCAACGUUUGACUCAUGGAUUUACUUGCCAGCGAUCCACUAAUAAUACACGUUAGAUGCAUUUAAUGAUAUAUAUCCAAGCCUUAAUUCAGUAAGUUUUUUUCUCCCUUAAUAUGUACUUGAUUUAUUUGAAGAACCACUUCUUAUCAAUGCCAUGAUACACCACUUCUCAUGACAUGUCUAGCCCAGUGGAGUGGCGGGAUUGCUAUGCUGAUCAGUCCUACGUGAAAGCACAGGAUUUUCUCAUGUCACAACUUGCAAAAAUGGUGUCGCAUGCCGUGAUCUAGACAUGUCGCUGUUACCAUACAUAUAGUAUUAACAAGAAUUUUGCACACGAUCUAUAAAUGUUGUGUUGUUGAUGUGAAAACACCAGAUUAUGUCCAUUUCAGAGGCUCAUACAGAAGAUUGUGCAAUGUUCAAACAAGUGGAUCUGACUCACACAUUUGAAAUUGAGGGUAGUCGGUUCAUAUCCCAGCCAUGAUUAAAUUUCCGUCAGCAAGAAAUUGAUCCACAAUUUGCUGCACUCAACCCAGGUUAGGUAAUUGGGUAUUGGCAGGAAGUAAUUCCUCUAGAAGCUUCGAGCACUGGGAACGGCAGCUAGCUAGCUGGGGUAAUACAGGAGUGCCUUGAGCACCUAAAAAGGUAGAUGUGUGCCCAAUGUGAAUAUUCUAUUAUUGAUUCUUUUGAAAUUUAGUAAAAAUAUAUUAUUUAUGUGAAGUAGUACUUUCUGAAGCUGCAAAUGUAUCAAAAUUUUCAAACAAAGUGACAGCAGUCAUUUCAUUUGUCAUUCUUAUUCAGAUUUUAUAAUUUGACAUACCCUAUUCUGGCAUAUAAAAGCAAUGCCACUACAUAAUCAAUCUUCCUUAAAUCAUAUACAGGUGAGUCUUUUUAAUUUAAGUCUCUUAAGACAAUGGAAAUCUGUUUGACAGGCAAAUUUGACAGCUUUGCAUAAUCAGGGAGGUGUCUCAAAAAGAUUUAAGGGUUACUGGAAGUUGCACUUAUACUCCCAGCUGCAUAGUAUAAAUCUCACUGCAUUGGUCGUAUCAUGUGAUGAUACCGCAUGGAGCCUUCCUCAGUGUUGUGACCUGAUUUCACCUCAGUGAUCAAUAAUUGGGCCAGAGAUAUAAUUAGAUAUAAUGACCAUAUGAGGCACUUAGACUCGUAAGUCACACUGUACUCAAUGUGAAACAUCCCUUGUCUGAAUACUUGGUCAUUAGACUUCAAGAAUAUCAACUUUAGGAAGACUUGACAGUUUAUUUCUUCUUUUUUUAGAAGUAUAUUUUUUAUUGUUAUAUCAUACUUUGUGAAAUAUCAUUAAAAUUUAUGUUCUUAUUGAAAUAGUGAUACCAUGUGAAAAAGUAUGUGGCAACGAAUUUGAGGAGGAAAAUGGGUGGUGGGGGGGGGGGGUGAUCAGUUCAUGUGUGUUCAGUUGGUACAUCUUCAGUGAAAUAAAUACAUAAUUGCAGCAAUGAUGUGAAAGCUAUUAUAUUGGAAUCGUUCUGACUGGGGUUAUUAAAGGUUAAGACAAUUUAAAUUUGUAAUGGAGUCUUGUAAUCUAUCUUGUACAUAGUGAAUAACAAAGAAAGUGUAUCAUAAGGUAGUAACUCCAGAUUUUUUGUACAUUGUGAAAUUAAAGUAUCAUCUAGUGUAUUUAUUCAAAUUUAUUUUUAAAGGGUUAACAUUUGUUUGGUAUCCUCUCUCCUUGUCAAGAGGUGAAGGACGGCAGCCAGUUAACUAAUUUGUGUAUUCUGAAAACAUGUGCAAAAGUUUACUCUUGAAAAUCUGGCUUUGUCUUAUUUUACCGAGAACAAUGAAUCUGAAUUCCAAAGCACAAGUACAUGCAGAUGUAGUUUUGAUGCAAUGUAUGCCUAUAUAGUUAAAAAAGAUAUGUCAGUUGGAUUGUAAUUUAAUUCAUAUAUGGAAUAAAUCUAUAAAAUGUUAAAACAAA